CAGAGGAGCUGCGUGAAUUAUAGUUGCCACUUGGUUGCUGCAACUUUGAGCAAAGGUCACAGCACGAGAGGGAAACUGCAGUUUAAUAUAUAGUUUUUGUCGUUUUACUGAUGCUGUGACGUUGUUAAGCGCUAAGUGUAUUUUCCGCGUGCCUCCGGUCUUCUCUCCAGUUGACCAAUGCUUCUGCAUCAGUUCAUGAACGGAGCCCUGGAAGUCAUGCAUCCCACAACGCUUCAGAAAGACACUACUUUUACCAAAAUCUUUGUCGGCGGGCUGCCGUACCACACGAACGAUGCCUCACUGAGAAAAUACUUCGAGGCCUUUGGGGACAUUGACGAGGCUGUGGUGAUAACGGACAGACAGACCGGUAAAUCCAGAGGAUACGGCUUUGUGACGAUGACAGACCGAGGAGCAGCAGAGAGAGCCUGCAAGGAUCCCAACCCCAUAAUUGAUGGCAGGAAGGCCAACGUGAACCUGGCUUACCUUGGUGCCAAACCCCGCAGCAUACAGACAGGCAUAUCCAUCGGAGUGCAGCCCAUUCACCCAGCACUCAUCCAGAGGCAGUAUGGGUUGGCCCAGCCAUACAUCUACCCACAAGCCUAUGUGCAGCCCAGCCUGGUGCUGCCCACUCAGGUUUCCAGCUCUGUCAGCAGCAGCCCCUUCAUGGACUACAGCGCAGCCUAUACCCAGUAUGCCCAAGCAGCCUUUGAGCAGCAGUACCCAUAUGCCGCCUCCCCGGCUGGCUUUUUAGGCUACAGCUACGCCACCAGCCCCACAGCCACCGCCGGGCCGGCUGCCGCCGCCACAGCUCCAGCCACUGUCCACCCCACCCUCCCCUCCGCCGCUGGCCCAGCCCAGGCCUUCCUACACUACGCCCCGCAGCAGCACAUCCAGCCUGACCGUAUGCAGUGAGCAGUGAGCCUAUGAAGGGAGACGAAGGAGCGGUACUGGCAGAGGAGGAAGGGGUAGUGCUCGCUGACUUUUGGAUAGAGGAUGGCAAAACGCUCUACAGGGUGACCCAGCUAUCAUCCGCAGGGGCUUUCAGGAAAAAGGGUGGGACUAUUGCACUAUACGAUCAGGGUGAACCUUUGCUCAUUGGUUAAAGGGUUAAAAGGGUUGGGAGGGGACUGUUGAGGUUCAGGUUGGGAAGCUAAAACAGCAUAAAGUAUGUGGUCGCUUCCAAGGGCUUCCAGAAGCUGACACUUCAUUUUUUUUUUAUUAUUAUUAUUAUUUUUAUCGUCCUUUAUUAUUGUAUUAAUGUCAUUGUUGAUGUUUGUUUGUAUGCCAUUAUUAUCAAUGUUAUUAUGUUUUUGGCUCAAUCAGUGGAAGUUAUGUGUCCAUGGUACAUAUUAUGAUAGGAGAGCUGUCACACCUCUUUCCUCAUGACUCCAGAGUAUCUGGGGCAGAUAUGAAGGGCACUGCUGCUUUAGGACACUGGUGGUCAGUCACAUGUGGGUGAAGACGGGGUGGUGAUUUUGGGAGGCAUACAGCCAGCCACUCAGCCUUUCUGUAGUCCCAUCCUGGUGCCAUCCGCAGUGAGGUAGAGCACCGAGUGCCCCACGAACAAACCUCCAGCGUUCAGCUCCACACAGGAGGACGAUGAGAGAUUUCACCUAAAGGACAAAACGGAAAGAAAAGACAGUUUUGAGACUGUGAUGUCAGGACUACACGUUCUUUUAAUUCUUAUUAAUUAAAGAGGCCUUAAUAAAAGAGAAACUCCUUUUUGAAUCUUUUUCAAGCGCUCCCCGCCACCACAGAACCAAGUGCAGAGAGCCAUUUGUAACUGGCCUUUCAGCAGUCAGUCGCAUUAAUCUGUCUUACUUGGGUCUUGAUAAUUUCAAAUGGAUGUAGAUAAUCACAUGCAGUAUGUGGGCGACGGGGAGCAGGAGCGCCAUUACUGAAAGGUAGCCAACACUGAGCGCAAACACCAGUGUACUUUUUUUCUCCUUUUCUCACUGAGAUUGCCACAAAUUGUUGCUCUCAAAAGGACAUUCAUGUACAGCAAAAAUGUUUUCAGUUAUCAAGUACAUUUACAAUAUUUAUAUGUAGGUAUUUAUAUAAGGUACUAAGUUAAAAUAGUUUUUUGUUACUAUGACUAUAGUUGUGGCACUGAUGCCAUUUAACCUGCAGAGGCAUACCUGCAGAUCCACAGGUGUCGUAUUCAUUUUGUCUUUUUGUCCUGUCACCAUGUCAGUGGAUUUGCUUUGGUGCACGGCAACUACAGUAGAUGCUCCUUUGUAGAUCCUCGAUCAGUUGCAUCAGAAAUUCUCUAGAUUUUUUCAAUAAAGAUGUCUUUUACAGUCCCUUCAAAGAAGCCAUACCAAAAAAAGAAAUAAAGAUUUGUACUUAAAAA